AGCUGCGCGGCGGCCUGCAGGCCCGAUGGCGGCGGAGGCUGUCGAGUACGAGGCGGGAGAGACGCACACCCGCGUCUUCCGCGUGGGCGCGCUCGGCAGCGGCUGGCAGCAGUGCCUGCAGCCCCGAGAUCUCUCGCUGGCGGAGGAGGAGGAGGAGGAGGAGGCGGCCGGGGCCGUGGCGGAGGAGCUGGGCUGCACGGCAGAGACGGCGGCCGAGCUGCGGGCCUUGUGCAGUGUUGAUACGUUAGUAUCUGCUGAUCAAGAGAGGGACCCAGAAGCGAUUCCUGAAGACAGCGGGCUGGAAACUCUUCGGUUUAGGAAGAAGGCGUUGCAGAGGCGAGAAGAAAGGAUCGUUGUGGAUCGGGCUUGCAGACAGGAAACGCUCACUUACGAGAUGGAGUCGCACGCCAUUGGGAAGAGGCCUGACGAUGCGGCAGACCUGGUGGAGGAGGGAGAGCUGCUUCUAACUCUGAACGUCUUCUAUCCCGUCAUCUUCCAGAAGCACAAGGAGCACAAGCCCUACCAGACGGUCCUGGUGCUGGGCAGCCAGAGGCUCACUGAACUCAGGGACUCCUUGUCCUGUGUCAGUGACCUGCAGAUCGGCGGGGAGUUCAGCAGCGAGCCGGACCGAGCGCCAGAGCACAUCAGCAAGGACAUCUACAAAUCUGCCUUCUUUUACUUCGAAGGCAUCUUUUAUAACGAUAGCAGGUACCCAGAGUGCAGAGAUCUGAGCAGAACCAUUAUUGAGUGGUCCGAAUCUCGUGACAGAGGCUAUGGAAAUCUUCAGUCUGUCAAAAUGGAGGACUACACAUUCAAUGAUUUGUCCCUCAGAAUUGGCUAUCCGUACCUCUUCUGCCACCAAGGGGACUGCGAGCACAUCGUUAUUGUCACGGACAUACGACUUAUUCAUCACGAGGACUGCCUGGACAGGAACCUCUAUCCACUGUUAAUCAAAAAACACUGGUUGUGUACCAGAAAAUGCUUUGUGUGCAAAAUGUAUACAGCCAGGUGGGUAACCAACAAGGACAGCCUGGCGCCAGAGGAUCCUUGUUUCUUCUGUGAUGUUUGUUUCCGAAUGCUCCAUUACGAUGCAGAAGGCAAUAAGCUGGGAGACUUUCUUGCCUAUCCCUAUGUCGAUCCUGGGAUUUUCAACUGAAACUUACAUGAGCCAGAAUGGAUUCAGUGGACUGCACUGAUGAAACUGUUGCGCUAGCUUUUAAAACCACCAAACAGCUUGAGCAUUGACCAUCCCAUAGGGUUUGGGGUUAGGCCUUUCCUCUUCUCCUCUGAGAAGGAAGGAGCCCUUUGCAUUUAAAGUGUUUCUGGUAUGCUUUCACAGUCACAGAGAUAAGCUAGCAUGGAAAAAUAUACUUGGAUGUGUAUUUUAAUAAAGUACAUUUUUCUAAUAUA